AUUUACAGAUCGGAGGCACAGAGUUAACCACAUACAGGGAAAAUACGGAGGCUUUCAAACGCUACAGAUUAAGGCCCCGCUAUUUGGCGAGAGAUGUCAGCACCAUCGAUACUUCUACGACUGUUCUUGGGCGUCCAGUGGCAUCUCCUAUCGGGAUUUGCCCGAUGUCCUACCAGAAUUUAUUUCAUCCCAUGGGAGAGAUUGCCACAGCCUUCGCUGCGAAAAAUACGAAUCAUCAAAUGAUAUUAGCCGCUAGUUCAUCAACCGCCAUAGAAAACGUCGUCAAUGAGACUAACGUGGAACUUUGGCAACAAAUCUACAUCUUAAGGCCAUUGAACCUUACUUCACAGUGGGUGAAACGUGCUGAGAAUGCUGGUGCGCGUGCCAUUGUGGUAACUAUAGACCGCCAAGGCUCGCCAAUCACGUACGCCAUAAUGCGAGGGCUUCUAAAUAAGACUGGCUGGCAAAGACCAAAUGCGCCCACUGAUUCUUACAAGAGCAGAAGUGCCGCCACGUGGGAUGACAUCACGUGGUUGAAAAGUAUUACAAAGUUGCCGAUUGUGAUAAAAGGAGUGCUGAAUGGCGAAGAUGCAUCAAAUGCCGUGGAAAGAGGGGCCAGCGCUAUUAUCGUGUCUAAUCACGGUGGAAGGGUGCUGGAUGGUGUUCCAGCGACUCUGGAGGUUCUGCCUGAGGUGAUUCAAGCCGUGAGAGGGCGCUGUGAAGUGUAUCUAGACAGCGGUGUUAGAACUGGCCGGGACGUUUUCACUGCUUUGGCGCUAGGUGCACGAGCUGUAUUUGUUGGUCGACCAGUUUUGUACGGGUUGACCUACGAUGGAGAACAAGGGGUGACGGAAGUGCUGCGGUUACUCUCGAACGAAUUUACGUCUGUCAUGGCAUUAACAGGUUGCACUCGAGUGUCUGAAAUCAACUCAAGCUACGUCACAAAGCAUCAGGAUUUCUACAGUGACCGGUGCUCGCCCAGCAUUGCAGCCAUGAAGACCAGUGCCAGCAUUCGAGUACAAACAUUUGCUGGCAGGCUCUUGGUUAUGAUCAUUGUGUUAGCUACAGCACUGCACUGAGUAUACUUACUUAGAAUAUAUGUUUUGAGCAACAUUCACUUCUUACAAAACAAAUACUUCCCAAUCAGCCAUACACUUUAAUAGUGAGAUCUCCGUGUGAAGACAUUUAACACGUUUUAAGACUUUGUAAAAACCAGAAAUCACUACAAUCAUGGAUGGCACGUCGCUUGAGUACGCAAGACCUGCAAA